CCUUUUUUUAAUGAAUUUAACCUCAAGAAAAAAAUCUGAACCGCUGUGAGUUUGAGAUGUCUGAUAAUCUCCAUAUGUAGAGAAGUUACUCUGCUUGAAUGAAGAGGUAAGAGAAAACAGGACACAGCAAAUCAUUUUCUGUUUGGUGGGUUGGAAAACAUAUUUAAGUUUAUUAUGUGUCAAAACCGAAUCUAUUACAAAACUGUUGGCGCAGAAUCAACUAGAAAAACGGACCACCAUGAAUUCUACGCAUAGCCUCCGUUCUCAGAACCGAAUUCUUCGUUUUUAUUUCUUUUUUCUCGCUUUACCUUUUUCUGCUCUAGCUCAAGCAAACGCCGCCGCUGCCACCACCAUCUCCAUCUUGCAUUAGCCGCAGGUGGAGGUGGCUGAAAUAUGGAUAUAAACAGCCCCCUAAAUUUUUAUCAUGUACCAGAAAACACCCCUUUUCAUUGUUAUAUUGUGAACAUCACGGUGGAGCAUAGUUUUUGGCAAAGCGAAAAUCCCUUGACUCAAGCCCUCCCUCUCCUCGCAUGGCAGCUUUCCGUCGUUAUCAUAAUCAACCGCGUUCUCUUCUACCUCUUCAAGCCUUUGGGUACUCCUCGAAUUGUCACUGAUAUUCUGGCUGGUAUAAUGAUAGGACCGAGUUGUUUAAGCAAAACUCGAUUCUUUGCCGUGAUGUUUCCUCUGAGAAGCAUCUUCAUUGUAGAAACGGUGGCCUACUGGGCCUUGGCUUGCCACUUGUUCUUGGCUGGUUUAGAAAUGGACGUAGCUUCCAUUUUCCGGUUAGGCAAUAAAUCUAUCCGCUUAGCUUUUGUGGCCACCCUCCUCCCCUUCAUCAUUGGCAUUGCCCUUUAUUUCAUUUCCGUUGAUGCCAGGGGAGAUUCUCAUAGUAACAUUGGCUGCAUAUUUUGGGGCGCAGCUCUCACGGUCACAAGCUAUCCUGUGGUUGGUCGAGUUUUAGCUGAUCAAAAGCUCCUCCACACUGAUAUUGGAAGAUUAGCCAUGUCAGUUUCCACCGUGAGUGAGCUAUUUACAUGGGUUCUUCUUGCCGUUCUGAUACCAGCCAGGGUGAACGCAUUGAACGCAGUACUUUCUCUUGUUGCAACUGCAGGUUUUGCAAUUCUCUGUUUCGCCGUGGUUAGGCCAGCUCUUGCCAACAUAAUCUGUAAGACUUCGAAAGGAAACAAGUAUAGUGAGUACUAUCUGUGCUUCAUUCUGGUGUCAGUUUCUUUCUUUUCUUUAAUAAGUGACAUGCUAGGGACAACCUCCAUUGUUGGAGCUUUCAUUUUCGGACUUAUAAUGCCAAAUAGGGAGCUUGCGAGUGCGCUUCUAGAGACAUUUGAGGACUUUGUGACUGAUUAUUUAAUGCCUUUGUUCUUCUCUUCUCUGGGGAUAAGACUUGAAAUUUGGAAAAUUAGCCACUGGACUUUAGCGUUCCUUCUGAUAAUCUUGUGUUGUGGGGCUAAGAUUGUAAGCAUUUUCUUGGCUUCUUAUUACUACAAGAUGCCCAGUCAAGAUGGUUUUGCUCUUGGAGUUCUCAUGAAUACCAAAGGCAUCUUGGCAUUGAUCAUCCUUUACCUGGGCUUCGACAAAGGACUGUUGGAGAAAGAAGAAUAUGUAAUAAUGGUGCUUGCUAUUCUACUGAUGACUGGAGUUGUCCCCUCAAUUACCUCCUCUAUUUACUGCCCAAACAAGCGUCUAUCCAAAUACAAGCAGAGGAUGAUACAGAAAGCUAGACCAGACGCCGAAUUCAAGAUCCUGGCUUGUUUCCAGAGCAACCGCAAUGUCUCUGGCAUAAUCAAUAUCUUAGACUGCUCCAAUGCCUCAGAAGAAUCACCUCUCAACGUCUUCGCCCUCCACCUCGUCGAGCUUACAGGCCGUGCUUCCGCCGUUCUCAUUGUCCACAAACCCAAGGAUAAAAACUCCUAUUCCGAGCAGAUAAUCAAUUCACUAGAGACUUACGCAAAUUUGAAUGAGCAGCUGGUUACUAUCCACCCUCUAACUGCACUGUCUCCAUUAACCACUAUGCAUGAAGAUAUUUGCAGUCUAGCUGAGGAUAAGGAAGUGAAUUUCAUGAUCCUCCCAUUUCACAAGCUACCAACUCCUGAUGGGGAAUUAGAGGAAGAAGGUAGCACUUCAUUCAGAGGUGUAAAUCUAAAUGUGUUAGCCGAUGCACCAUGCACAGUUGGUAUCUUUGUAGACAGGGGAUUUGGAGUUAAUGAAGAAUCCAAUCUCGCUAUGCGCCAGAUAGCCAUGUUGUUCAUUGGUGGCCCUGAUGAUCGCGAAGCAUUAUCGUACGCCAGGAGAAUGUCAAUGGGCCAUGGGGUUUGCUUAACAGUCGUGAGGUUUAUUCCUGGAGAAGGGAUGGAUGUCGAAGCAGCACAGGCUCCAGCUCGUGAUGAUUCAGGGAGAUCACUAGCAGUUCUCACAUACAUGGACAAACAAAGAAGACUGGAUGAUGAGGUUGUGAAUGAGUUUAGGCUCAAAUCUGCAGGACAACAGUUUAUGGGGUAUGAAGAGAAGUGGGUGAACGACGAUGAGGAGCUAAUUGCAGCCCUAAGGGCAAUGCACCAUAUUUAUGAUCUCUAUGUGGUGGGUAGAGGACAAGGAAUGACCUCGACUCUCACUGCCGGAUUGAUGGAUUGGUGCGAGUAUCCCGAGCUGGGUGCUCUGGGGGAUUUGCUCGUUACCUCAAGUUUUGCACAGGGUUCAGUUAUAGUGAUGCAACAAUAUACCGGUUAUGGUUAUGAGUUUGAGGAUGAGGAUGAGGAUGAGGAUGACAAUGAAGAUGGUAGUGGAACGGUGAAUAUGGCGGAUAGCUCGAGGAAUGGAAGGGUGCAAUUCAGUGAUUGGGGGGCAGGCUCAGAGGAGAGUGAUCAUGUUCAUGGUGGUCUGGACGAGGUGGAGCCAUUAUCAUUGCGCAAAUGAAGUUAUCGCAAUCACAUGCGUAGGGAUAUAUCGGUUGAGGAAAUUAUGACUUACCUCAUCCCUGUCCAUAUUAAUCCAAAUCUAAUAUGGGCAACGGCUAGCUAUCUGCAAUAGCAAAAUUUUUCCUUAUUUUCAUUCCCCUGGUUAUAGGUUGAGGGAAAAAGACAUCUUCGCUAUCUUCUUGUCAAUUUGAAAUUUCAAAAUCUCUUCAGAUAAUCAAUUCCUCGAAAUUUUUUGUUGAAUUCGU